AUGAUGAGAAGAAAUUGAUGAACUUUCAUCAGAAUCUUCAGGAUAUUAAAGAAGACCAGCUUAGUUUGGCCUCAAUCCACUAUAUGCGAUCCCAUUACCAAGAAGCUAUUGAUAUAUACAAGCGGAUACUGCUGGAUAACAGGGAGUACCUGGCCCUCAAUGUUUACGUGGCCCUCUGCUACUACAAAUUGGAUUACUAUGAUGUCUCCCAAGAAGUCCUGGCUGUUUACCUUCAGCAAAUUCCUGAUAGUACCAUCGCACUCAACCUUAAGGCUUGCAAUCACUUUCGCCUUUACAAUGGAAAAGCAGCUGAGGCAGAACUCAAAAGCUUGAUGGACAAUGCCUCUUCACCCUUUGAAUUUGCAAAAGAACUCAUCAGGCACAAUCUGGUUGUUUUCCGAGGAGGCGAGGGGGCUUUGCAGGUUUUACCUCCCCUGGUUGACGUCAUUCCUGAAGCUAGGCUAAACCUAGUGAUUUACUACCUUCGCCAAGACGACGUACAGGAAGCUUAUAGCUUAAUCAAGGACCUGGAGCCUACGACGCCUCAGGAGUACAUUCUCAAGGGAGUUGUUAAUGCAGCCCUUGGCCAGGAAAUGGGUUCGAGGGAUCAUAUGAAAAUUGCCCAGCAGUUUUUCCAGUUGGUGGGAGGAUCAGCUAGUGAAUGCGAUACAAUACCAGGGAGGCAGUGCAUGGCUUCCUGUUUCUUCCUGCUUAAGCAGUUUGAUGAUGUCUUGAUUUACCUCAACUCCUUUAAGAGUUACUUCUACAAUGAUGACAUCUUUAACUUUAAUUAUGCCCAAGCCAAAGCUGCGACAGGCAACACCAGUGAGGGUGAAGAGGUCUUCCUUUUGAUCCAAAGCGAAAAGUUGAAAAAUGAUUACAUUUACCUCAGUUGGUUAGCUCGCUGCUAUAUCAUGAACAAAAAACCAAGACUAGCUUGGGAACUUUAUCUCAAGAUGGAAACCUCCGGCGAGUCCUUCAGCCUCUUACAGCUCAUUGCCAAUGACUGUUACAAGAUGGGCCAGUUCUACUAUUCAGCCAAAGCUUUUGAUGUCCUAGAGAGGCUGGAUCCCAACCCUGAAUACUGGGAAGGCAAAAGGGGCGCCUGCGUGGGCAUUUUCCAGAUGAUUUUAGCGGGGAGAGAACCCAAAGAGACCCUCCGAGAAGUGCUACACUUACUGAGAAGCACGGGAAACACCCAAGUGGAGUAUAUCAUCAGGAUCAUGAAGAAGUGGGCCAAGGAGAACAGAGUGCCUAUCUGAACAGCUGAGCUCCAGGCCAGGGACCAGUUUCCUCUCAUAUCACAUUGGAACUGUUUCCUGCACUUGAAUAUGUGGUCCAGGACCCUGUUUGACUGACAUUUGUUCCUUGCUGUUAGCACAUCAGGAUGAGAGGUGGUACGUGUGGACUCACAUCAGGCGGCACAGAUCUCCCUGCUCUUUACUUGUGUAAUCUAACAUGAAAGGAUUCUGGACUUCCCCGGUGCCUUUCUUCCAAAAUCACUCAGAAUACUCAUAUAAUUCCUGGCUUUGAAGAGUAGAUAAUAGUUUUGUUUUUCUUUUUCUGUUAGCAUUUCAGGAAAUUUUCUCCUAGCUGCAGUGACAAGUACUUUCAUACUAAAGAAUUACUGUCAUUUGAUCAUCUUCCAUCAUCUUGUACAUUAGCUCGUCCAUGAAGAAUGCAUCUCUGAGUCCUGGGAGAAGUCUUCCCAGCUGUGUGAUUCUAAGGGUGGCCGUGAGACUCUCUACCACGCUGUGCAGUCGGCAGCAGGGAAUAGGCUUAGAGAUCACUCAGUAAGUGAACUCAGAUUAUAGCUUGUUACAGUGAGGCAAGUUGAGUGGUGUAGAUUUUUAAAAGGCGAGGGAAAAGAAAAAUGUAGCAAGUCGCUACUGCCUUUAUUUAGGAAACAAAGCCAGGGCAAACUUCUUCAUAUAUCAGUUGAAAGAACAGCAGUUUGAACAUAGGGCUGCAAAGGUUUUUAUAAAAUAUAUGUUUUUUUUUUUUUGUUUGAUUUGGGUCGUUUGAAACAGGGUUUCUCU